GUGUAAUGGUUGAUUUUGCCUGUUCAAUUACAUUGAUAAAAUAAUGAUUAAAGUGAUUACAUAUGUUUUGUUUGUUUAUUACUUGGUGGUUGCUGUCAUCCUUAAUGGAGGCUAUGGAAGUGUUAUCUUUGGGAUUAAGAUUUCGAAGAAUUUUGUGAAUGGCAGCUGGGUUUGAUGUGUUUUUUUUAACAGCAUUUCGCAGGUAGUUUGUUUUAGCUUUGUCAAUCAAUGAGUUGACUGUAUUACGCCAAUAUUUGAAUUGCCGUUCUUUUUGUUGUUUUUUGCAAAGGUCUCUCAUUUUCAUAGCACCUAUAAUUUGAUCUGUAUGCCAUGGUUUAAGUUUGGUAUGCAUAACCCUAUGUUCAGUGAGUGGUGCAUGGUUAUUCACUACUUCAGUUAAACAGGCACAGAGAGUAUUGCGAGCAGUACUGGGGUCAGAUACAUUACUUACUGGUUCAAGAGUAUUUGAUAAGUCAUUCAAAAAGUGACUCUGGUCAAAAUGCUUCAGGCAUCGAUAUUGAAGCGUGAUGUGAUGAUUCUUUUUAAUAGGUGCAGCCUUCGAUUUAUAAACAAUGCAGACAGGGAAGUGGUCACUUAUUCCAAGUUUGGGUACAAAGCAGCGAUUAACCUUUGCUUUGCUUGUAACAUAAACAUGAUCAAUAAGUGUUGAAGAAUUUUCUGUAACUCUUGUUGGCUCAUUAAUUAUUUGCUCUAGAUUAUAUGCUUUACAGAUAUUAAUAAAUUCAGAAUGUUUUGAUGUUAGCAGGUCUAUAUUAAAAUCACCCAUUAUAAUCAGUUCUUUGUUAAGUGUGAUAGCUUUUUCUAUAUUGGCAUGAAAUUGUUCAAACCAUAUAAUCUUGGCAUUUGGUGGUCGAUAAAGAAAAGCCACAAGAAUAGAUUUAGAUUUAUAUGGAAGUAUUUCCAACCAUAUUACUUCAAGUUCAUCGCUCCUAAAUUUGCUAUUGGGCGUCUAAAAACAUAGAAGUCCUGAACAGAAAAGUUAAUGUAUAGGGCUACAUGUGUGUUUUUGUUUUUUUAGUACUCAACAUUUGCUGGCUUAAAAAUGAAGUGCAGAAAGUGCAAUGAAGAAAAGUUAAGAUGUGCUUUUCCCCCUGAAGAUCUGUCCAAGAAGUGUAGACAUCCACGAUUUUACUGCAUGAGGUGUGUGAUGACAACAUCGGAGAAGACUGGACAGUGUCCACAUCCUUCAUGUGGUCAGCCGGUACCAUUCAACAGCGAUGUCAUAAACCUCAUUAAGCACACUUUAGCCAAGAUGUUCAGAGAGUACACCUCUGAAUAUACUCCACCUUGCGUCACUGAGGCAUCGGCCCACGGCAUUAUACGAGUGUCGGUCUUAACCGGAGACAGCACCAACAUCCUGUUCAACCCAGCCAUGACCGUGUUACAGCUGAAGGAGCAAAUCAAGACCAAGCUGAAACAUGAUGUUCAGAAGCAGAAACUACUCCACCAUGGAAAGGAACUACAAGCGUUUGGAAAUGGAGGACAUCAAAUGACUCUGAGUGAAUAUAACAUACAGCCAAAUGAAACGAUUCACCUGGUGGUUUUGCUGUAUGCCAUUCCUGAUGCUUUUGAUCAUGUGGUCUUGUGGUCUAUUGGGGAUAUCCAUCCACUGGACGAGAUUACUUGGAUGCAUCUUGCAUGCUUUUCAGUGGGCAAGGUCAUUAUAAGACUGUUGAUUACAGGCACCGUUAUAUAGAUGGUAAUUCAGUAACACACUCGGGAGAUGUCAUGAAUGACAUUCAGUGCAUUGGUCAUCACACCAUUCAUGUUUACUUGAAGAAGUUGCCCAGUAAUGUAACACAUUUGUUUUUUACACUCAGUGCUUGGCACUCCCCAACAAUUGCUCGGUAUCCUAACCCAAGUUUAAAAUUCUUUGAAGCUUCUAAUCAGAAUAAAGACCUUUGCAAGACAACAUUCACACACGCCAGACACAGCCAGGCUGUUGUCAUGUGUUCUUUAUCCCGCUCAAGUGCUGGAUGGCAGAUAUUUGAAUCUGGAAAGCUUUCUGCAGGAAAUGCUAGGAAAUAUGGUCCUCUGAAGACUACUAUUAGAGGUUUGAUCUUGGAAGGAUAUUAACAUGUUGUUGAAUACAGCUAACAGAAUUUGUGUCUUUUAUUGUAUUUACAUGUACUCGUAUUCCAAAUUAACAUACAAAGGACAACUUUUCAUACUAAUGAAAACUGUAAUCAAUUUUAUAUUGGUUCAAAGAACUUGACUAUAUUGACAUUUAACUUUUUAAGAGAAAACAGUUUAAAGGUUCAGCCUAAUAAACAUUGUUUAUCAUG